UCGCUUGCCAUGCUGCCAAGGGUGGCCGUGCCGGUCUUGCUUUCGCUGCAUGGCAACUUCAGGCUCGAAACGACCGAGAGUGAGGCCGGCUCGAGUAACUUAAGUACAAGCUUUCGUCCGACCCGGCUUCCCCUCGUUCCAGUCUUCCGGAAGAGUCCUGCUCGCUCCUGGACGCGUCUCACCAUUUGACUAACUAACCCGUUCUCUGGUGUGCCAACGCUGCGGUCCAACGGAAAACAAGUAGUCUUGUACGCCCCUGCCACUGCCUACUCCUCGUGAGGGCUUUGACCUUCUCACUCCUUGAAGUCCCCCGGCCUGUGAAUUUCGCCAGCCAGCCUCUUUCGUCUUCCCCACAGAUACGACAAAGUACGACUAGCUGCCUCGAUCACGCUUCGCAAAAUGGGUGUCAAGGAGUUCUUCCACAAGCGGUCGUUGCGCCAAAAGGACGACGUGCGCACAAACGCCGCCGAGUUGACGCUGAAAGAGUCCAUCUUUCCCAUCUUUCUCGUCACCAUCUUGUUCUUCCUCUGGGGCUUCUCCUACGGUCUUCUCGACACUCUCAACAAACACUUCCAAGAGACGCUAGGCAUCAACCGAGCGAGGUCUUCCGGCUUGCAGGCUGCAUAUUUCGGAGCCUACCUAAUCGCUAGUCUCGGCCAUGCCGCGUGGAUCCUGAGACAUUGGGGCUACAAGGCCACAUUCGUCUUCGGGCUGUUCCUCUAUGGCCUCGGCGCCCUCAUUGCGAUUCCGUGCAUCAUUGCCAAGAGCUUCGGCGGCUUCUGCGCCGCCAUCUUCAUUAUCGGAAACGGCCUCGGUUCCCUCGAGACGGCCGCGAACCCGUACAUCACCGUCUGCGGCCCUCCCAAGUACAGCGAGAUCCGAAUCAACAUCUCCCAGGCCUUCAACGGCAUCGGCACCGUCGUCGCCCCCGUCAUGGGCUCCUACGUCUUCUUCGCCUUCGACGACAAGCGCGCCCUCGAGAACGUCCAAUGGGUCUACCUCGCCAUCGCCGUCUUCGUCUGGUCUCUUGCCAUCGUGUUCUGGCUUGCCAAGAUCCCCGAGAUCACGGAUGCCGACAUGGCCUUCCAGGCUUCCGAGACUCACGCCACCGUUGAUGACAAGCCCUUCAGGAAGCAGUACCGUCUCUUCCAUGCUUCUUUUGCGCAGUUUUGCUACACUGGCGCCCAGGUAGCCAUCGCCGGCUUCUUCAUCAACUACGUGACCGAACUCCGUCCCAACACCGACAGUGCUCUCGGCUCCAAGUUCCUCGCCGGCGCUCAGGCGGCCUUUGCGGUUGGUCGUUUUGUUGGUGUCGGUAUCAUGCACUACAUCAAACCCCGCUGGGUCUUCCUCGCCUUCAUCUCCAGCUGCAUCAUCUUCAUCGCACCCGUCAUCACCCAGGUGGGCAACACUGGCAUGGCGCUGCUCUACAUGGUCUUCUUUUUCGAGUCCAUCUGCUUCCCGACCAUCGUGGCGCUUGGUAUGAGAGGUCUUGGCAGACAUUCGAAGCGGGGGAGUGGUUUCAUCGUUGCUGGUGUCUCCGGUGGCGCCGUCGUACCCCCUCUUCUCGGUGUUGUCGCUGAUGCCAAGGGCAUGGGUACCGCCAUGGUCAUUCCUCUCGUCUUCUUUGUGCUGGCGUGGUCGUACGCCUUUGCCGUCAACUUUGUUCCCAGAUACCGCAACAUCGCCGACGCUUUCAGCGCUACCGAGGUUGGCAUUCGCCCGACCGACGCAGAUGGGGAGAAAGGCGGGAUCGAGGCUGUCGAAGACAAGCAAACCAAGAACGCCAUCCCCACUCUUCCAUGAGCCUUUCAUGACUCCAGUUGUACCAUGUCAAAACGAAAAUUCCGUUUGAUUCUGCUUGUGAUUAUGCAUCGAGAUACCAUGUGGCUUAUUUGAUCAAAACAAGACUUUGUUUGAAUUAAGUUUAUUAAUAUCUUCACAUUGAU